GUUUCAGUAUCCUGGCAGUCUGCUUGGCAAGAUAAUAUCCCUACUUCCCGUGAAGAAGUGGUUAAGGGGACCUUGAUACCCCAUUAGUGUCUGGAUAUUUUGUCAUUUCCAAAUAUGGGUGCCAACACCUGCGACGGAGACGUGUAUAUCCAUAACUUGGCCACGUUCAUAAAAUCUCACGAACGCCAGCUAGCCAAUGCUUUAGUUGCCUACAAGAAGAGUGCUCCUAAGACAAACACAAAUGGAAAGCCCAAUUCGAUGCCGAGACAACAGCAACAGUCGGCAAAGCCUGUCAGACUGUCUUUGUCUCUUCACCAUUUGUAUUUUUUACUGGGUAAAUUUCAGGAACUCGGCAUCAGCGUAGGCCCAAUGAACAUUCGACUGGACAAUAUCGAUACCGAAGGCUCUGACAACUAUGUCUCAUUUUUGAGUGAAUUUCAACGAAACAAGGCCAUACAAUCGGACGCUCAAUCGAUUCACUCGAUGUCUAGUGUCAAGUCAGUUAUGUCUAGCGUGUCAGCACUGUGGACUACGCUCAGCUCAAGUGGCCAAAAGGGAGACAAUAUCAUCAACGAUCUUAAAUACCUGUACUCUGCAUUUACAAAACUCCCCUGUCUCAGAUUGGCGACAGAUCCCAAUGCUAAACUUAUUGAAGGCCACGAGGAGUAUCCUUUCGAUACGUCAACACCUAUAAAGAUAUUCAAGAACCUUUCUGUUUUGGAGAUUUCAGACAUGGAUCCGAAGGAGAUUUAUGGCUGGCAUAUACUGAGUGAAAACAUCAGAUUUUUGGUGGUCAAACGCACGAACAUUACAGACCCUUAUGACAUUCUUGUUACACUGGUCCACGACGACAUAAAUAAGCGUGGGUCAAUGUAUUCUGAAGAUUCUGAGCGAUCACCCUCAUCUACUUCGUCUCUCGCAAUUCCAAUGCCCAAACGAGGCUCUUUUUCUUCCCCCUCAGUUCACAACGGUGCGACUUUCUCUAAUUCAUAUGGAUCUUCUCACCAUCAUUACCUCAGCGGGUCACUUCCAGAGACCACGUCACCACCGUCAUCCUACUACGCUUCACGACUUCCCACUGACGACAAAUAUGCAUUAAUUCCUAGGAGACAAUAUCAGUACCAGCACAAAUCACGGUACACCCCGAAAGAUACACUUCCUACUAUUGACCAGAUUCCUAUAUCUUCAAACCCGCAUGAAUUGUCUAAGAUCCAUUGGAGAUUACUAAAACAUUUGUCGCUCACAGAGAACAAGAUAACAAGAAUUAACGAAGAAGCGUUCACCAAUUUGGAGAAUUUAUCGUCUCUUGACCUGUCUUAUAAUAACCUGACGGAGAUCCCGCACGCUGCACUGGCCAAACUUCAUAAUCUCAAGUCACUGAACCUGUCCUAUAACAAGCUCAUGAAUACAAAAACGUUCCCAAAGACGCUGACCAAAUUGGCCAUCCUAAACUUGCGUGGUAAUCAGCUAACAAAUUUGGAUACUUUGGAGAAUGCCACAUCAUUGGAGAAGAUUGAUUUGCGACAGAACAAGUUGUCCAAGGUUGCUGAGAUGAAGCCGCUUUUUUUGAUGAAUAAUAACGUUGUGAAGCUCAACAUCUUGUACUUAGUUGGUAACCCAUUGGCUAGCAACAGAGGUUACAGAAUAGAGUUGUUCAACUUGUUUAAUGGAGUUGAUUACUCAAACGAUCUGCGCAUUGAUGGCUCAAGGCCGGGAAUAUUUGAGUCGAGGUUAUUGCUUGAUGCAAAAUCCGCUCAAUUAAAGUUGAAUAAGUUUCUGGACCCAAGCAUUAUUUCAAAGAUGGCCGAAAGUGUUUCCACAAUGAACAUCAACAAGGUAAUUACUACCACGACCACCGGAGAUAAUUCGAUGUCAUCGGAUAUGUUGAACAAUCGGAUGAGCUCUCAAUCUCGCGUGAGUGUAUCUUCCAAGGAAAAACAUGAGGAUGCACGGGAUUCUAUCGAUUCAAGGGCCUCACAAAGGUCAAAACCCCCGCCUUUGAAUUUGGACAGCCACAAGACGCAGGUGGUCACCCCUCAAGCUCAGAUAUUGACGCCAAACAAAAAUCUAUUGAAUUCUUCUGAUCACAUGCUUCCUCCGCAGAAACCGUUCUCCCAGAAGACAUCUUCAGUACAAUCUUCAGCGACAGGGAACUUGUGGGAACAAAUCAGUUCAGCAGUGCCCGUAUCUGAGGCUUCGAAGACUACAACCUUGGCUACCCCAGUUAGUGCGAACUACACUUUUGAAAAACCUCAGCCGGACCAAGCGUCACAGCUUCCUUCACCAGUCGCUUCAAGCCAGCCAUCGAGGGCGGUCUCAAUUGACGAGAAUGUUUAUCCUUCAGGGGUGCUUUUGACAAGGCAGGUCAACGCAUCGAACUCAUCACUAGUCACAAGUUCCUCAAGAAAGCCAUCUCAGGAAGCUAACCCAAUCAGCAAGAUUAGCCUGGCUGCCCCUGCACUCCCAGUGAUCACGCAAGCUACCACAAUGACUACGGUCUCUUCAGAUCCUCCGACACCUCACAGCCAGCGUCGCAGUGCAGACCACGAGUACUUUGCCGGUGCUGUAGCUUUGCAAAGUCCGAUCAAGGCUCAUACUUUCCGUCACCCUGAUGCUAGAAUCGAACCGAAUCCCGACUCAGCAUCAGCUAUAGACCUUUCCAUUAUGAACAUGAUACGCGAAACCAAAGACGAAGCCAGCCAGCCUGAGCCCGAUUCCAAAGACGAUCUUUCGCAGGGACAUAAGAUAUCGGUUAGCUAAUUUUCAAUUCUAAGGCCUCUGUAUAUCAUAUGUAAUUUAGUGCAUGACAUUUACGGCACUGUUAUCUGGGUAGUAUUUCUUCCUUGGGCUAUUAACCCAGCAACGGUAGCACCUGCUAGUGAAGAAGUCUCCAUGGUGCUUAUAAAUUGUUCCAUGCCAUUGAGGUAGUAGAGGUUCUCUGCAAGCUUAAAUUCGUCGAACCUGCUUAUUGGAUUCAAAUAUGGAUAGCUGUACCAGAUUUUCUCGUACUUGUUUGAGUAGUUUCCAAAUAUGUCAUGCAGCAGUUGCUCAUCCAGGGUUUGGAAGCUGAACACUUUAUAGACAUACUCCUGGAACUUUUCACUGUAUCCCACAAGGCCAAUUGAGUUGAACUCAUCACCACCUGUGGUUAAGAUUGUUUGCGGAGUCUUCUUAUUGUUGAAGUAGGAGCUUUCCGACAGCAGAUUUGGCGUUCUAACCAGGGUCACAAAGAGAUGGACAUAUUCAGCGCUGACUAGCGAUACAGAGAUGUUGGUUUGGAUGUUCAACUGGUCAUAUGGUCCUGCAAGGACAACGAUAUCGAACUCCUCGGUGUGCGAGCCGUAAGAGACAACAUAUCCUGACAAUGUUUUAGAAAUUGCUGUUACUGUGGUAUUGAGUCGCAGAUCAGCAUCGGAGGCUUGUAUCCAUUUCUGAAAUAUUUGAUUAUUUCCUCCCUCAACAUGGAAUGAGGACUCUCCAGAGAGCAGCACUAAACUUCCCAAAGAAUGUAUUGUACCUAGAUUCUGAGCGUAAUUAUUUCGGGUCAGUGAUUGCACAAAGCUCUGGUAGUUAGCGCCCACCCAUAUAGAAUUGAAGAGUUCCUUGGCUGUCACAGAUGUAUAUUUCAGCAGAUCAGUGACCAAGUUGAGAGAGGAUAAAGGGUAAUAUUUUUCGUAGUAUUCUGUAAGAAACGUCUUCAUGGCUGUUUGCUGCUGAUACUUUACAGCUGCAAUGGAGUAAAGCCCAAAUCUCCACACAAGCUUUAGGUAUGUGACCCAAGAGUUUGACGAAGGCUCCAAUAUGUAGUCAAAGGACUCUCCGUUCCACAGUGCGAACGAGGUGGACUCUGAAGAACUGUUUGCGAAACUUAGGUUGAGCUCCCCCACAGCAUUGUAUAAGAUUCUAUUGUCCUCAAUAAACAUGCUAGCCCCCAGCUCUGCUUCGACUCCAUCAAAGUUAAUAUUGGUCGCCCGACCUCCAACAUAGCUGUUUUUUUCAAAUAUUGUGACAUUGAAUUGAUGAUCCGUGAACUUCCGGAGAUAGUAGGC